AUGCAUUUUCUUACAUUUGCGACUACGAUAUUCUUCGCCGGUGCAAUCCCGCUGGCAUUUGCGCAGGAUCUCGCGUCGGUCGAUUUGAGCAGUGAUAAUGUGCAGUGCGAGUCACAAGAAAUCGUCGAUACCUGCGUCUCAAUGAUGCAACGGUAUCUCCAAAAGUGUUCCUCCGAUAACUGGGACUGUAAAUGUUCAGGAUACGCCAACAUGGCCAACUGCUACGUCAACUGUCCGGAUAGUGCGGCGUACAUCGCCGCUCAGUCGUCCAGCGCCUCGAGUUGCGCCACGGCGAAUGCAUACGAUGUUGGAAACACCGUGGUUCCCGAUACAUGGAAGACGAUGAACUUUUACAAUAACCAUGUGCAUGCGGCUGCGACCAAGACCGCUGAGAAGUUGGUUACGACGCCGACAAGCUCAUUUGGGUUGAAUGGGCAGAAGGGCUCGACGCAGCCGUCGAACGGUGCUGCGAGAAUGACUAGUGUGAGUGGGCGAGGGAGUUGGCUUGCUCUUGUAGGGUUAGGGGUUGGGGCUUUGUUUUAG